GGAAACCACGUAAACAACAUUUUUACGAUCUUCUUUUUGAAUUAAUUACACUCCCAGUCAAAGUAAACUCGAAUGACAGGACCAUGAAAUAUAUUUUCCUGCCCUCCAUUUUUUCCGUCCUCUUCAUCGCAGUGGCUAUUACAGCCGAAAGAGAUGUCGACAAGAGGGGUUUUUCUGACCUUGGCUGCAUGGGCGUCUAUGAUAAGUCGAAAUUCGCCAGACUUGACAGAGUUUGUGAAGAGUGUUAUCAACUCGUCAGGGAAUCUGACGUUCACACAUCUUGCAGGUCCAACUGUUUCAAGAAUGACUUCUUUACUCAAUGUGUUGACGCAUUAUUACUGCGAAAAGAUCGAUUGCAAUUGGAUUACAUGGUAGAUCAGCUUUAUGGAAAGAGAAGAUAAAUAUAGCUUAGAACAGCUAUGGGAUGUUGAAAAAAUACUGUUGAUGUUGAAUGAUAAGCAAAAUGUAUAACAAAGCACAAAAUAUUUUCUUUGAAUAAAAAUGUAUGGUGCAAAUUA